CUCAGGGCCAAACGAGCACAUCUAUCACGAUGGAAUGCUCUGUAGAGCUUGGAUAUCUAGCAUUCUGAGAACCCUUCUAAAAAGGGGCAAUGCUUGAAUGGCGUCAUUUGUUCAGUGAUUUUGAAAGGAUUUAGAAAUUCCUGAUGCGCUAGGAAAGCUGCAGGGCCCGCUCUAUUGUUUACCAAGUUUUUCAGAUGCGCCAUGCGCUGGUAAUUUGGAGACACAGGGAGGGCUCAUUUGAGAGGAUGACCAAUUGACAGCCAUCUUUUCGUUUCUAGAAGAUGGGGGCGCCAAAGGUGCAGGAUGCACCAGGAGAGAUAGCUGCCCUAAAGCGGAAGCUUGAAGCGUUGAAUUACAUUGAAGGCGUUGAGGGUGUGAACGCAUACUCGGCUCCUUUGACAAAGAGACUCCUAGACGAUGUCGUGCAUACCACUGAGAGAUACCGCUCUUUGAAGAUGCAAGAAACUCGAAAGUCAUACGAGCUGGAGAGCGAGAGGAAAAAGGCAGAACUUCUGCGGCAGGAGAAUGGGAGGCUGCUGAAGGAGAACAACGAGUUGCACCUGGCCCGGAUGAAGGACGCAGAGGCGAGCCGUGCAAACGAGAGGAGCAGCUGGCUAGCACAGAAGAAGUCGGAAGAUGAGCUGGCGGAGCUGCGGUUCUGGAAAACGCAGGCCGCGAGCAGAUUUGAAAGCUUGGAAAAGGAGAAGGAUGGGUUACGAUUGCAGCUACAGAAGCAGCUGGGAGGUGAUAUGGAUUUCACCAUCUCUGAUCCACUAGUCCCCCUGACAGACGAAGGUGCAGUGGCAAGAUUACCUGCGGCCAAGUUGCCUGACUCAGGAGUAAUUGACUUGGUCAGGCUGUCAGACGAGAGGGCGGCCACCAGCGCCGAGCAGAUCGCUUUCCUGCAGGCCCAGCAAGCAGAGCUCAGCGAGUUGCUGUCGACAGCGCAGGCUACGGUGCAAGCACGAGAAGAGGAAGUUCAGCGCUUGACACGAUUGCUGGAGGGGGGCCGCAAUGUUGACGACCUCUCCGCAGAGCACGAGAAGAAAGCGGCAGAGGAGCUCCUCACUUCCUUGAAUCACCAAGUGGAGUACAUGACGAAAGAACUGGCCGCGUUUGACGAGGUGUCCAAGAAGAAGGAGGAGGCAGAGCAGCGGUUGCAGCAGGCGGAGGCUAGGGUCAAGGCCUUGACCGACGAGGUGGCCGAGCAGGAAUCUCAAGCCAAGAAGUUGGUCAAGGAAGUUCUCGAAGUCCACUCCCUGCUCGGCCCAGCACCCGCCUCUGCUCCAGGCGAGUCAGACUCAGCGUCCGCUGAUUUGUCGGAGAGGAUGGAGGCCGUAAAGGGUUCGUUACGAGAGCGUAUAGAGGAGCUGCGGUCGAAGAUGGCUGGGGAGAAAGAGGAGCUGGAACGGCUGAGGGAGGCGAGUCAGAAGCAUCAUGAGCAGGUGAAGGCGCUCAAGCGGAGAGUCGGCGACCUGGAGAAGGAGAAGGCGGCGUCUGCAGAAUCGUCACAGCGGACCAAGGACGAGCUGGCAGCUGCGAUGCGGGAGCUAACCGGGGCCAAGAACGAGCUGUCCACCAAGCAGAUGCGGAUUCAGAAGCUCGGCCAGGACUGCAAGAAGCACAAGGAAGCGGUGGCAAAGCUGGAGGCCGAGUGUCGAACCGCCAAAGAAGGGCUGGAGGCUGCCAGAAAGGAGACGGAAGCUGCUCGGAGGGCUCUGGGGGGGAGGAACGGUGCUUCUGGCGCAGCGGCGCAGCCGGUGGAACAGGAUGGGGCGGCGACAGAGCUCCGGAGGAGAGUCGAGGAGCUUGAGAGGGAGUUGCGGGAGGUCGAUGAGCAGCGGCGCUCCGCAGAAGCGUUGGUGGAGUCACUGAAAGUGGAGUCGGAAACUUUGAAGCGGGAGCUGGCAGGGAGAGACGAGGAAGUGGUUCAACUGCGUUUGGAGGUGGAAAGAAGCGCUGCGGAAGGGGCAGGUGGACCAGCGAUGACCGGAACUGAGUCGGAGCUCGCUGCGAAAGACGCGCUUCUCCAGGAGUUGAGGCUGAAGUUGCAGGAGGCGGAGCAAAGGGCCGCUCUUCUGGCGCGGGAAAAGGAGGCGCUGGUCGCCGAAAUGCAGUCUGCGUCAGCAAACGGCGCAAACGGCGACCAGCUGCGGGAGCUGCAGUCGAUGCUGGCGACUCUCCAGGAGGAGCUGCGGCGACGAGACGAGAGCGACCCGGGCCGUCCAACAACUACCUCGGGGACUGGGGAGGGUUUCGAAAAGCCGACUGUAUUGGACGUGGAAGGCACCCGGGAGGAGAGUUCGUUGCCAGCGGGAUCGACAGAAAGCGUGCAAGGUCAGUACGGAACGUCGGGGCUCCAGGAGGGUGACGUGGCACGGCUGAAGCAGGAGCUCCUCGCUGCCGGGAAGCAGAUUGAGGCAGUCACGGCCGAGAGGGACUCGCUGAAGGGGAGGGUCGAGGAGUUGGUAGCGCAGGUCUCGGAGUUGCAGUGGACGGUGUCGGCGCUAAAAAGAGCAGCGGAGCUGGGGUUGCAACGAGCGGCGGACAGCGAGGGGGCUGACGCCGAUGGGGAGGGCGGUCUGCAGGCGGCCGUCGAUAGGCUGCGAUUUGAGCUGGGCGAGAGGGAAGCGGACCUGGCGUGUCUGCAGGAGGACUACGAGGUGCAGGCGAAGAAGAUGCAGGAGACGAUGGAAGAGCUCAGCCAACGUGCCGUAACGCUUGAGAAGACCUGCGCGUCCUUGGCCACGGAGAAGGAGCGGGCCGAGACCAGCCUUGAGGAGGCGGUUGCAAAAGCGAAAGAGGCGCAGGCUGAGUGCCAAAGGCUGCAGGAAGCUGAAGCCAAGCUAGCCACAGACCUCGACAAGGUGGAAAAGCAGUACGCCGCUGCCAGUAAGGACCUGCAGGAUUCACGGUCGGAGGGGCUGCGGCUGCGGCGGCAGCUGGCGGAGGCUGAUCUGGGCAUGGGAACGCAGUCUCUUCAAGGCGACGAAUUGCAGCGGCAGUGCGUCACCCUAAGGCAAAGUCUCCAGGCGGCGAAGCAGCGCGAAGACUCGCUCGAGACGCAGGUCAGUGAGUUGACGACUCAGCGCGACAAGGAGCGGAGCGCCGCGUCAAAGGUGCGGGAAGAGCUACUCGAGGCGAAGCACCAGCUGGACAACGCCGAGAAAGACGAGGAGCAGCUGAAGACGCUGAUCACCCAGCUGGACUCGACCAGGGAGGAUCUGGUCACGAAGCUGCGGGCCUCGUUGGCGGCGGAGCGCGUCGCCAGCAAGCGCGUGUCCAGCCUGGAAGAAGAGAAGGCGGGCGUGAAGCGCGAGCUAGACAGGGCCUCUGCGGAGGUCGCCCAGCUGCGGCAGGUCAUCGAGGCGCUCGACCGAGACAGGGACCACAUGCAGGGAGAGGUUGACGUCCGCGCCGAAGAGAUCAGUCGGCUGGUCCAGGAGACGGCGAGCGCACAGGGCCACGUGGCCGACUUGCGCAUGCAGCUGGACACCGCGGAGCAUCGGCUGGCCACGGCGACCGCCCGGGCGACACAAGCGGAGGAGGAGGUGACCCGCACUCAGGAGCACCUGAGGCGGCAGACCGACGCAAACGGUGCCCUGCAAGAAGAGUGCGACAUCAAGGCCGGCGAACUGCGGUCGCUUGCGGACGAUCUUGCCAACCUGACGCGAGAACAACAGCACUUGAAUCAGGAGCUGGUCCAAGUAGCAGAGGAGCGGAACGCUCUGCAGGACGAGCUGGAGCGGGUGGCCCGGAAGCUCGAGUACGCGGAGCAGCUGCUGCGCGCCCGGGACAAGGAGCACGAGGGCCUUCUGACGUCAUUGCAGCAACUCGGAGAGGAGAACCAGCGCCUGGUGACCGAGCUUCAGCAAGCCCAACACGAGAUUCAGCACUUGCAGUUGCACGCGGCAUCCCUGGAGGACACGCUGCAAGCGAUGCAAGACCACAUCAAGGGGCUGGAGGGGGAAGCGCAUCAGCAGAUCUCGGACCUGCAGGCUUACGAGCGGCAGUGCGACUCGCUGUCCCGCUCCUUGGCGCAGCAAGCGGAGAUCCUGGAGGAGCUGCAGACCGACAAGGCGGGCUUGCAAGUCCAACUCGACACCGCCAAGCAGGUGAACGUUGAGUUGGAGCACAGCCGCUCGUACCUGCAGCGGGAGAUAGCGGGAGCGGAAGCUCGGGUGCAAACCCUCCAGGCCCGCCUGCAAGACGGCGAAAACGAAAAGGAGUCUCUGAUGGCGAGAUGUCAACAAGUGCAUGCCCGCGUGCGGGAGCUAGAGCAAUUGCUGGCCCGGGUGCGCGCGCAAGAACACGUGCUGGAAGUCACGACACAGGACAAAGGCCAGAAGACGGCAAUGCUCCAAGAACGGGCGCACGCUUUCGAGAGUCAAGUGUCGGCCCUUCAGCGCCAAGUGGACGAGCUGCAAGCGAUCAAGGACGCUCAGGACGCCGAGAUCGUGAAGUUGCAGCGCAGAAAUGGAGAGGGACCUCGACAGGAAGAUCUGGAGGGCGACCAUUCACAAGCGGGUGCCGAGGCGCGGUGGGAGAGGAGGGAAAUGGAGAAGGAGCUAGCUCGUUUGAGGGAGAGCCAUACCAAGCUUCAAGAAGAGUUUGCCAACACUCUGAAGGAGAAGGAGAACAUGCUUGGGUUGCUUUCCAAGUUGGAUAUUGAGAGAAGUGAACUACAGCAACGCCUGACGGGCAAAGGCGAGGAAACUUACCACAAGGAGGAACUUGAGGCUCUCAAGAAGAAAAGCGUGGACUUCGAAGAAAGGCUGAAGGAGAGUGAAGCCCGACGCAACAGCUUGGAAAAGGAUUUCGAGGUGCUUGUUACCAACAUGGGGGAGUUCUCAACCGCCAAAGGUGAUGAUGAAAAUGCGAGAUUGGAGAGUCGCUUUGCGAAUGUGCUCGCGGACAACCAAAGACUACGAGAAAGUCUAGCAGCUGCCAUGGCCGCUUGCAGCAGUACAGAAGCCGACCUGCAAAGAAUACGCCAAGAAUACGCAGCCUUAACAGAAGUAUUGCAUGCACGCACAGGAUCAGAUAGGUUUAGGACCAACUGAUGCAAAUUAGAAGGUAGGAACUGAAAAGCUAGACUACCUAAUUGAUUUGACGGGGCCGCGCAUUGAUGGUACACACUAUCCUUUGUGACGGUUGAAUCGAAAUAAUAAAGAUAUCAAAUACUAGCAUGUGGCACUGAUGAGCCUAGACUGGCCGCAAG